CGGACUGUAUUACACGCGCUACACUCUGAGGUGUUGGACGGAAACGGCGAUGUGUGAGUCGGUUAAUGUUGCUAAUGUCGAUUAAAUCCUCACUGGACUGUCACGCUUCUGCUCGGACCCUGCGGGGAUUGACCCCUGAACCCUGAACCCAUGGCACGAUGCGUGAGCGGCUCUGCUGAAGAGAUAGCGUGUGUGUGUGGAGCAGGUAACAGUUAACAUUACGAUCCUGACGGACACUUUGAUAAUCUCUGAUAAUCUCUCUAACUAGCGUUAGCCUUUAGCAGCCGGACCACUAUCAUAAUCAUCAUAAUCAGCGAUCAAACACAUGAGAAAGAAACGCGUUUUGUAUUUAACACACGGAUGAGUGAGUUUGUAUGGACACGUGAUCUGAUGUUGAUGAGCAGAUCAACAGCUCGUCUCCUCUCUCUGAAGCGCUGCUAGAUUGAUCCGCCAUGAAGCAGGCCAGCCACGAGACCUGUGUUCUCACGGGGUCCAACGGCCUGAACGGGUCGGGGUGUCCUGGAGCGGGUCGGGCCCAGGGCUUGAGGGGUGUGCAGGGCAAGUGCGCGGCGUAUGUGUUAGCGCUGCGUCCCUGGAGCUUCAGCGCCUCGCUAACACCCGUGGCCCUCGGCAGCGCGCUGGCCUACAAGCUGGAGGGGUCCGUGGACCUGCUGGUUCUGCUGGUGUGUGCUGUGACCGUUCUGCUGGUUCACGGCGCCGGGAACCUGGUCAACACCUACUACGACUUCUCCAAGGGCAUCGAUCAUAAGAAGAGCGACGACCGGACCUUGGUGGACCAGAUCCUGAAGCCGCAGGACGUGGUGCUGUUCGGGGCGGUGCUGUACUCCGCCGGCUGUCUGUGUGCAACACUGCUCUUCUGCCUGUCCUCGCUCAGACUCGAGCAUCUGGCGCUCGUCUACUUCGGGGGACUGUCCAGCUCUUUCUUAUACACUGGAGGCAUCGGCCUGAAGUACGUGGCUCUGGGAGACGUGGUGAUCCUCAUCACCUUCGGGCCUCUGGCGGUGAUGUUCGCUCACGCGGUCCAGGUGGGAUACCUGUCAGUGCUACCGCUAGUGUACGCCGUGCCGCUAGCGCUCAACACCGAAGCCAUCCUGCACAGCAACAACACCCGAGACAUGGACUCGGACAAGCAGGCGGGAAUCGUCACGCUAGCCAUCCUGGUGGGACCAACGCUCUCCUACAUCAUCUACAACCUGCUUCUGUUCGUGCCCUACCUGCUGUUCUGCAUCCUAGCCACGCGCUACAGCAUUAGCAUGGCUCUCCCGCUGCUGACGCUGCCCAUGGCCUUCCCGCUGGAGAGGCAGUUCCGCCGCCGCUGUUACGCCAAGAUCCCGCAGAAAACCGCCAAGCUCAACCUGCUCAUGGGACUCUUCUACGUGUUCGGGAUCAUUCUGGCGCCGCAGGGCAGCUUGCCGUUAUUGUGAACCGACUAGAACUCUAGUCCUGUUUGUUUUAAACAACUCUAGGUACUUUUGUAUUCAUAGCGAUGCUAAUCCAGAGUUCAAAGACUUUUAAUUUAUUGUUGUUUAUUUAUGUGUUCAGAGUUGGCAAGUGCUUUCAGUGCAUAGACUGUCCAGGACACCAGUAUUGUGAAAGAGACCAGCCUGUAAAAUAAUAUAUAUAUAUUAGCGAUUAAUCGCAUCCAAAAUAAAAGUUUGGGUUUACAUAAUAUGUGUGUGUACUGUGUAUAAUUUUCACACACAUGCAUGUAUAUAUUUAAGAAAAAUUUGUUAUUUAUAUAUCAAAUAUUUAUAUUACAUAUAAUACAUACAUGCAUAUGUGUGUAUUUAUAAAUACAAAAUAAUUACACACAGUACACGCACAUCUAUAAUGAGAUCAAACUUUUAUUUGGGAUGUGAUUAAUCGCUGCCCUGCACUAUUAUAAAUAUAUAUAUGGUUUACUAGUACAUUAAAUGUUUCAGAUAUAUUAAGUACCUUUCUCAUUUUUUCAUGUUUUUGUAAACAUGACUAUAAAUCAUUUUUUUAAUGAUGUUUUUGAUUUUAUAAAACCAGUUGAGUAUCAAGUA